UGCGCAAGUUAGUGAAACCCCCUUGAAGGCAAGCUUAGCUCCCAAAAACCCUUGUGUUGUUUCUGUGACGCGCCGUCGCCCCUCUCUCUCUCUCUCUCUCUCUCUCUCUCAAACCCUGGAAAAACCCUCGGGUGUACCGAUUCCCAAACACCCCCACUUCUCUCUCCCCAAACCGCCGGACUACCAAUCGAGAAGAAAUACCUAGAAGAACCUCCGGCAUCAUCCCCGCCGUUCAUCAAUGGCGAUCAACGGCCCUAAUUUAGAGUGCCGGAUGUACGAAGCCAAGUACCCGGAAGUCGACAUGGCCGUGAUGAUCCAGGUGAAGAACAUCGCGGACAUGGGCGCGUACGUCUCCCUCCUCGAGUACAACAACAUCGAGGGUAUGAUCCUAUUCUCGGAGCUCUCACGCCGUCGGAUCCGGAGCGUCAGCAGCCUCAUCAAGGUGGGCCGCCAGGAGCCCGUCAUGGUCCUCCGCGUGGAUAAGGAGAAGGGCUACAUCGAUCUCAGCAAGCGCAGGGUCUCCGAAGAAGAUAUUCAGGCGUGCGAAGAGAGGUAUAACAAGAGCAAGCUCGUUCACUCAAUCAUGCGGCAUGUUGCCGAGACGAUGCAGUUGGAUUUAGAGGAUCUGUACAUCCAUGUUGGCUGGCCUUUGUACCGAAAGUAUGGACAUGCUUUUGAGGCAUUUAAAUUGAUUGUAACGGAUCCUGAUUCAGUUCUAAAUUCCCUUACUCGUGAAGUUAAGGAAGUUGGUCCUGAUGGGCAAGAGGUGACCAAGGUGGUGCCUGCAAUGUCGGAGGAGGUCAAAGAUGCUUUGAUUAAAAACAUUAGGAGGCGAAUGACCCCACAACCGCUGAAGAUACGUGCAGAUGUUGAAAUGAAAUGUUUUCAGUUUGAUGGGGUUCUUCAUAUCAAGGAAGCUAUGAGGAAGGCUGAAGCUGCUGGAAAUAAUGAUUGUCCCGUGAAAAUCAAAUUAGUUGCUCCUCCUCUCUAUGUCCUUACUACUCAGACCCUAGAAAAGGAGCAAGGCAUUUCUAUUCUAAACAAUGCAAUCAAAGCUUGCACCGAAGAGAUAGAGCGACACAAGGGGAAACUUGUAUUGAAGGAGGCACCUAGAGCUGUGAGUGAACGAGACGAUAAGCUACUAGCUGAUCACAUGGCUAAGCUAAAUCCUGGAAAUGAGGAUGGUGAGGAAGGCUCUGAAGAGGAGGAAGAUACAGGGAUGGGUGAAAUCGAUUUGGAAAACUCGUCCAUGGGGAUAACAGAGUGAAAAAAGGGGCAAGUAGACAUCGACUCCCAACUGUUUUGCCAUAUUUGAGAGUGGUUGUAUAGAGCCUGUUCAUGAAUGUUGUGUCAUUAACCCCUUUCGCAUCAAGCAUUUCAUUUAGCAGGCUCUGCUGGCCAGUAAUGGUCGUGUUGGCCAAUUUCAUUUGGAGGAUACUUUCACACCUUUGAUAUUUUCAACAGUUUUGCAUUUAUAUUGACUUCUAAACCUGUGUCUACUCUUAUAAAUAAACAAGGAAAAUCACACUUCACAACC